AGAAGGAGGACCCGUUUCUCCUGGUCUCCGCCGGGGCCGUUUUUCUCUCCUCUCGUCUUUCGGAGGGAGCCGCCGCGAUGCCGCUUUACGAGGGUCUCGGGAGCGGCGGCGAGAAGACGGCCGUGGUGAUCGACCUGGGCGCGGCCUUCACCAAAUGUGGCUUUGCUGGUGAAACUGGACCAAGGUGUGUGAUUCCUAGCGAAAUAAAGAAACCUGGUGUUCCAAAGCCUGUCAAGGUUGUUCAGUACAACAUAAAUACAGAAGAGUUGUAUUCCUACCUGAAGGAGUUCAUCCACAUGCUUUAUUUCAGGCACUUGCUGGUGAAUCCCCGAGACCGGCGGGUUGUGGUCGUGGAGUCCGUGCUGUGCCCUUCCCAUUUCAGAGAGACGCUCACCAGAGUUCUCUUCAAGUACUUUGAGGUCCCUUCCGUGCUCUUUGCUCCAAGCCAUCUGAUGUCGCUCCUGACCCUCGGGAUUAAUUCCGCCAUGGUCCUGGAUUGUGGAUACACAGAAAGCCUGGUGCUGCCUAUCUACGAGGGAAUCCCGGUUCUGAACUGCUGGGGUGCCCUUCCCUUGGGAGGAAAAGCCAUUCACAAGGAGCUGGAGUACCAGCUGCUGGAGCAGAGCACCGUGGAUACGGGAGCAACCAAGGGACAGAGCCUUCCCUCCGUGAUGGGCUCUGUUCCCGAAGACAUAAUCGAAGACAUAAAAGUCCGCACCUGCUUCGUGAGCGACCUCCAGAGGGGACUGAAAAUCCAGGCGGCAAAGUUUAACAUGGAGGGCAGCGCCGAGCGUCCAGCUUUUCCUCCGGAUGUCGACUACCCGCUGGAUGGAGAGAAGAUCUUGCACGUGAACGGAGCCAUCAGAGAUUCCGUGGCCGAAAUACUCUUUGAGCAGGACAACGAAGAGCAGUCCGCAGCCACCUUGAUACUGGACUCGCUUCUGCAGUGUCCCAUAGACACCAGGAAGCAGCUCGCCGAGAACCUGGUGGUGAUCGGGGGCACCGCCAUGCUGCCCGGCUUCCUGCACCGGUUGAUGGCGGAGAUCAGGUACCUGGUGGAGAAACCCAAGUACAAGGAGACGCUGGCUACCAAGGCUUUCCGGGUGCACAACCCGCCCGCCAAGCCCAACUGCGUGGCGUGGCUGGGAGGGGCCAUUUUCGGAGCCCUCCAGGAUAUCCUCGGGAGCCGUUCGGUGUCGAAGGAGUACUACAACCAGACCGGCCGCAUCCCCGACUGGUGCUGCCUCAAUAACCCUCCUCUGGAAAUGAUGUUCGAUGUCGGGAAGACGCCACCUCCGCUGAUGAAAAGAGCCUUUUCCACUGAGAAAUAGGGAUCCGGCCGAGACGGGACCCCUGCUCAUUUGGCACUUCCCCUCCCCCACUCCUUUCCUGCGGUACCGGUGACUGUGAUGGAGCAGAAAGCGGAGUGUCCACCCAAGCGGUACCACAACCGGCCAUGCCCCUUCCGCCUGCCGAAACCAGCACCGGUGAUCUAUUUAUGGGUACAGAUCGCAAGAGAGGUGCCCCCGGGCCCUCCACCUUUCUGUAUUAUUUAACGUCCUUUAGACAUUGGGGGGGUGGGGGGGGGGGAUAUGAAGAGAACUGCUUAGAACCUGUACUUGCACGCGUAACGUUCUUUCAGUGCUAUCUUUAUUUCGUAUUUGUAGAUGGCUGA